GAAGAACAAUGACGCACGGAGCGGGGCAGGCCUGGGGAGUGACCACACGGGCCCCGAUUAUUGGCCGGUUGCCCCGCCCUUCAUCCCUAGCGCCUAGGUUAAUUAGAAUACUAAGUGGAUCCGCCCAGAUGCCUCCCCAGUGCCCUCUGACCCCUGUCAGGCUGGGGCCAGAAGUCACUUCGUCACCGAAUCCGAAUCCCCGUGGCCCGGGUCUGAGUCGGGCCGGGUCUAACCAGGGCCUGCGCGCCCAACUCGGCUAUGGAAGUCACCGGCCACUCCGAAGCUGCGGGGACAGGUGACCGAUCCGCAGCGCCCUCCGAUUUGCACACUUCCGUAGGCAAGUACAUCGCUUCAACACAACGACCUGACGGGACCUGGCGCAAGCAGCGGAGGGUGAAAGAAGGCUAUGUGCCCCAGGAGGAGGUCCCAGUGUAUGAAAAUAAGUAUGUGAAGUUUUUCAAGAGUAAACCAGAGCUGCCUCCAGGGCUGAGCCCUGAGGCUACCACUCCUGUCACCCCAUCUAGACCAGAAGGUGGUGAAGCAAGCCUCUCCAAGACCGCCAAACGCAACCUGAAGCGAAAGGAGAAGAGGCGGCAACAGCAGGAGAAAGGAGAGGCAGAGGCCUUGAGCCGGACUCUUGAGAAAGUGUCUCUAGGAGAGACAGUCCAACUCCCCAGUGCUCUGCAAAUCUCCCAGGCAGCCCCUACAGCUGCCUUGGACCCUGACUUAGCAGCCACCACAGAGAAAGCCAAGAAGAUAAAGAGCCUAAAGAAGAAGCUUCGGCAGGUGGAGGAGCUGCAGCAGCGGAUCCAGGCUGGGGAAGUCAGCCAGCCCAGCAAAGAGCAGCUGGAGAAGCUAGCAAGGAGGAGGGCACUGGAGGAGGAGCUGGAGGACUUGGAGCUAGGUCUGUGAGGCCUUUGGGAAUAGGGAGUGGACUGCAGAACAAACCAUGGGGCUAUCUGGGACCCAGGGAGCAUGGGCAGUGGCAGUCAAGUGGGGAAUGCCUCAUAUUGGCUCCUUUCUACUUAUUGCCUCCCAGCUCUGUCCUCCAGAACCUAGCCUCUCCUUCAUUCCUUCCCUUUUCUCCCCAACUCCUAUUUUUUGGACAUUUUCCCUCCAAUUCCUAGUGUUCAAAAACUCAGCAACUACCCCAGGUACCUCUGCUGCUGAUUUGGGUGUCUUGUUUAAAAGAAAAUGGGGUGGGUGGGAAUGAAAUCUCUGAGAACUGAGGCUAGGGUUUCGGGAACACACCCAAGUUUGGGAGUCUUGGUUCCUGUUCACAGUGUUUAUGACAUUUUUCCCUGGCUGUCCCUAACCUUUUUUUUUUUUUUUUUUAAGAGUACAAUAAUAAACUCAAGUAGACAACA